AUGAGUCAUCCGAACAUUGUGCAGCUCAUUGGUGUGGCGUGGGAUUAUCGAGAAGAUUUUUGCUGCGUGAUGGAAUACAUGGACGGAGGGGAUUUACGAGGCUUGAUGGACAAAUACGAGGACGAGAACCGUCGGACAGGCUUCGACGCUGCCAAGAUCACGAUCGCGCUGCAUGUCGCUCAUGCUCUGGCCUAUUUGCACUCUCGAGACGUUCCGGUAAUUCAUCGCGACUUGAAGUCGAAGAAUAUUCUGCUGAACGAAGCGCUGGGAGCCAAGUUGACGGACUUUGGCGUGAUGAUUGGGAAUGCGUACGAUGAGAAGGCAGACAUGUUUCGUUUGGAGUGCGGAUUGUUAAGCGUGCAGUUCUCAAAAUCUGACCCUCAAACGAUGGUACGACUGGGUCUCUCGUGUGUAUCGAUGGAUCCUUUAAAGAGACCAACAGCAGCUGAAGCAGUGCGUAUACUUCAGGUUGCUUAUAUGCAGGAGCCAUAA